AUGAGCGGUGAGGAUAAUUUGUCGAUUCCCAAGCUCAAUUCGUGCUCUGCGAGCGGAGGGGGCUCCUGCGUCGUAGAGAAUGCUAAGAAUCCGACCUCUGCUCCCGGUUUGUCGCCAGCGACCACGUGCGUCGCACACGAUGCGUGCGACAGCAAUUUCGCGGAGCAGAGCGCGCGAAUGGCGGCGGGAGGCAAGCGAAAGCUCUCCGAAUCCGGCGCCGCGUGGGCCAGAGCCACCGGAAAUACCGCGGGUGACUACACCGACGGAUCCUGGGACCCGGUAACGUCCCUCGCAAGCAUCCGUCACGAAUUCGGCGAGCACGGCGGCGUGAACAUGUCGAUCGAGAACAGCGCGACGUUCACGGUGAUGGAUCCGGAGAGCAUGGCGAAGAUCUUCACGGGGCAGCUGGGCCCGGAUAACGACUUCUUCGUGUACAGCCGGCACUUCAACCCAACGGUCAUGGCGCUGGGCCGGCAGCUCGCGGCGCUGGAGGGCACGGAGUCGGCUUAUUGCACGGCUAGCGGCAUGGCCGCGAUUUCUGCCGCCGUGCUGCAGCUGUGCAAGCACGGCGACCGCAUCGUCGCGUCCAACAGACUGUACGGCGGCACGUUCGCGUUCCUGGACUGCUUCCUCCCGCGCAUGGCGGGCAUCCGCACCACCUUCGUCGACAUCACCGACCUCGCGGCUGUCGAGGCCGCUCUUAGCGGGGACGACGUGGGGCCAACAUGCGAGCUCGUCGGCAGCACAGCACCAGGCGCAGCCGCCGCUGUGCGUCCCAUCGCGCAGGAGGCUACUGAUGAUCUGAACUCCACCGGCGUAUGCACCACUCCACUGCCGCCAGGAGCGGACUCGCUGAAUAAUUCCGCCAGGGAUGGCGAAGCUGUUCCGGCAGGUCCGAAGCGCGCGGGGCCGGCGCGAUUGCUGUUCUUCGAGACGAUUUCGAACCCCACGCUGGUGGUGGCGGACGUGCCGGCGCUGGCGGCGGCGGCGCACAGGCACGGCGCGGCGGUGGUGGUGGACAACACGUUCGCGCCCGUGCUGGUGUCGCCCGCCAAGCACGGCGCGGAUGUUGUGGUGCACAGCCUCAGCAAGUUCAUCAGCGGAGCGUCGGACGUGAUAGCUGGGUGCGUGUGCGGCUCGGCUGCCUUCAUCGCAUCGCUCAUGAGCCUCACCUCCGGCUCGCUCAUGCUGCUGGGCGCCACCAUGAAUCCGCAAGUCGCAUUCAACCUCUCCGCCCGCCUGCCCCACCUACCUCUGCGCAUGCGAGAGCACGGGCGGCGAGCGCUGCUCUUCGCCUCGCGCAUGCAUGCACUGGGCCUGCCCGUGUGCUACCCCGGCCUUCCCUCGCACCCCCAGGCACACGUCCUCGCACGUAUUUCCAAUGGCUCCCGCCCCCACCUCCUCCCCUCUGCUGCUGCGGCUGCACCUGCUGUUGGCGGUGGUACUGCUGCUGCUGGUAGUGGUGUGGAAGUGGGAGGGAGCAGUGGUGGGACAGAGUGGGUGGGCCCGUAUGCAGGGGGUGGUAUGUUAAGCUUGGACCUAGGGAGCACCGCCAUGGCAUACGACUUCAUGCGCCACCUGCAGAACAAUGCCGAGUUCGGAUACAUGGCAGUAUCCCUCGGCUUCCACGAUUCCCUCGUCUCCUGCAGUGGCGCCAGCACCAGCAGUGAGAUGCGUGCAGAGCAGCGGCAGGCCGUGGGGAUUUCUCCCGGGCUCGUGCGCAUGUCGGUGGGGUAUACAGGGAGUGAGGAGCAGCGCUGGACGCAGCUGCUACAGGCUGCUUCUGCUGUGGGGCUUGUGGGGGGGGAGGGAGGAGUGAAGAGGAGGAGGGUGGCGGGGGAGGCGGAGGGAGAGGGUGUGGUGAUUGGAGAGGGAGUGGUGGUAUGA